AUGGGCAGACAGUGCCGCAAGCUGCAGGCGGCCAAGCGCUACCACGUCAUCGACGUGCGGCAGAUCCUGGCUACGCUUCGCAACCAUGGCAACGGCAACGGCAAGCGGCCAGGAUCCUCUUGCCCGCAGCACGGACGAGCAGCUCCAUUCAAGAAGGCGGCCGUCGUCAGCCACGGCCCUCAGCGCGUGGAGACCUUCGCCAUCCACCACGAUGCCCUCAUGCUGCAGCCCGAGGACGAGGAGGAGGGCCACGCCAUCGGACCAGUGCCACCACAGCUGUGGCUCGCUGACAGCGGUGCCACGGCGCACAUCACCAGCGACGCCUCCCUCCUCACCAAUUACAUCGCCGUCACGCAACACGUCACCGUUGCCAACAACCAGGCCGUCACGGUCAUCGGCAAGGGCGACGCCGUGCUCCGCGUGACUGGCACCGACGGCGCUCCAGGCACCAUCACACUGAAGAACGUGCUGCAUGUCCCCGACAUCAAGUACAACCUUCUGGCGCUGAACCUGGUGACUCGCGCGCGUCGUGGUGCUUCCGUCGUCAUUGCUGCGGACGACAGCCGCAUCCAGUUUGCCACAUGGAGCGUGCCUCUGCUGCCGUCCAAGGACACCGGCCAUCUCUUCCUCUACGCCAGCACCACGACCUCCCAACAAGCCACGGCGCUUGCGGGGGAGCUCGUGCACAGCAGCGAUGGGGAAGCCGAGGAUGCUGACGAGGGCGCCUCUGCACACGACGUGCUAGGCCAUCGCAGCAGCGCGGCCGUCGACUGUUGA